AUGGAAAAUUCAGGAAAACCCGAAGUCGAAUGUGGAGACAAAACAAUCGAAGUCGUAUUUCUAACUGAGGCACUUUUUGAAGGACGAAUUUUCGUAAUUGGCCACUCAAACGACACUAACUGCUUUUCACGAGAUGUUGGACGUUUAACUACAUCUAUAUUAAUCGAUAAGGACAAAUGUGGUGUUGUUACAACACGAUCGGUACGUUCUUCGAAUCAAUUAUUGAUCCGCCCUCUGAUCAAUUAUCGAUCGCCCCGCAUUGGUGAUCGGUUAUCGAUCCUUCGCGUUAGUAAUCGAUUAUCGAUCGCCCCAUAUCAGAUCUAUCGGGUUAGAAUGGAAACACCAUACGUAGUUUGGAACAAAAAAAAACUAUAUUUGGUCAAAAAUGUCUACAAAGCUUAA